ACAAACACAAACUCCGGAGAUGACGAAGAACGGCGGUCAUGUAGUGAUCGGCAAGCCCCUCUUCGUCACGUUCCUCUUCCUCCUAGUCGCCAUCGGCGCUCUCAUGAUCGCUACUCUAAGCCGAACCGCCGCUACUACAGCCGCCGCCCCCUUCCCCUGCACGUGCUCCGGCUCCUGCGCCUCCACUCCACCGCAGCUAAACUCCAUCCUCCACUAUGCCACCAACCGCGCCGUCCCGCAGCAAUCCCGAGCCGAAAUCCGAGUAACCUUCGACGUGCUCAACUCUCUCUCCCCCUGCAACUUCCUCGUCUUCGGCCUCGGCCACGACUCCCUCAUGUGGUCCGCCUUCAAUCCCGGCGGCACCACCCUCUUCCUCGAGGAGGACGUCCGGUGGCUCCACCGUGUCCUCAAGGACGCGCCCUCGCUGCUCGCCCACGCCGUCCGCUACACCACCCGCCUGGCCGACGCCAACGCCCUCCUCGCCUCCUACCGCGGCGAGCCCCGCUGCCUGCCGCCCCGAGCCCACCUCCGCGGCAACACCCGGUGCAAGUUAGCGCUCAGCCGUCUGCCGGCGGAGGUGUACGAGAAGGAGUGGGACGUGAUCAUGAUCGACGGGCCGAGGGGGUACUUCGCGGAGGCGCCGGGGCGGAUGGCUGCGAUAUUCUCGGCUGCCGUGAUGGCGAGGGCUAGAGUGCGCCCCGGGGUGACGCACGUUAUCCUUCACGACGUGAAUCGGAAGGUGGAGAAGACGUUCGCCAAGGAGUUCUUGUGCGAGAAGUUUCGGGUGAAGGCCGUGGGCCGGCUCUGGCACUUUCAGAUUCCAGCCGCCCCCAAUGGGACUGUGGGCGGCGGCGGCGGCCAAGCCUUCUGUUAAUAAAUACCAUUUAUGUAAUUGUCGGUUAUUUUAAUUUACAGAAUUUUUAGGACGAAAAAUGCUGCCAAAAUAUUUUGUUUAUAAGAGCAUCCUCUAUCACAUACAAUACAAUAUAAUACAACUAUUCUUUUAUGCUAU